AUGCUGUUGGGGUUUUGUAAUUCUCUUCGGGCUCUCCAGCUAUCGCGGGCUGGCUGUAUUCACGAUGCCCUAUCUACACUUUCCACGAGCUCUCUCCGAAGACCCAGCAGACUGGUGAUCCCCGCUGCAGUCGUGACGGUCAUAUCAUGGCUACUCUGUCAGUUGAACUUCUACUACUUGGCACAAAGAUCUGAUGCCUUUUGGCUGCAGACUACAACUCCGGUUCCAAGUGCUUCAUGGCGCCAGGCCGUAGCGGAUCUGGUUAAUGAGUUGAUAUCCACAUGGGUACAUGGAGAGAAUUGGUAUGACCAGCCGCAGUGGGCACUCUUGCAUCUCCUCAGGGGGUCAAUGGUGAUUUUCACGGUAUUGCUGGCCACCGUAAACACCACGAUCCCGUUCCGGGUAACUGCAGAACUGUUGUUAUACCUCUGGUGUUGGGUUUCAAAUGAUAGCAUUGUCUUGAUAAACGUCUUCGCCGGCAUGAUCCUAGCCGAGGUGUCCUUCCACACCCUACCACAUCUAACGUCUAAAUCAGCAAACAUCCUCCCUUACCCCUUUGCAAUUCUCGGCCUCUACUUGUGCUCCUACCCAGAUCAGUAUGCUGAACAAGCCCGUUGGUCACGGCAGCUCAUGCAUCUAGGCAUGCGCAUAUUUCCACCAGGGGCGUCCCUCGGUCGCUUCUGGUCAGGUUUGGGAGCCCAACUACUCUGCCUCGCCAUCGUCUGUUCACCCGCCAUGCGCCGAGCGCUAUCAAGACCCUACCUCCUCUGGCUGGGCAGACUGAGCUACCCAAUUUACCUCCUACACGGCACUCUUAUCCGAACCUGUCUCACUUGGCUAACUUUCGGGUCAUCAGUGUUGAUGUGGACUUCGAAUGGGAAGAGUUAUCAAGAUGGGAUGUUCGAUGCGCCGCCCCUUAUCCCCGAGCCAACGAAGGGUAUACUGGUAGUUGCACUUCCUGUAUUUUUUGCCGUGUUGUUGGCAAUCGCUAAUGCGUGGGCUGUGAAAGUUGAGCCGGUUUUUGAACGUCUGGCAGCGGCCUUUGAGAGGUUUGCUCGAACAUGGGGCAAGGGCUCGAAAGUGCAUCAUGAUGAGCUACCCAGGAAACUGAACGGAAAGGCUAUUCUUCCAACAUUUGCUAAUGAAUGA